AUCCUAUUACAUUUUGAAUUAUUAACCGGCUUAUUGCCAGCUGCUUUCGCAACUCAUAUCUCCCUACGAAACAAUACCUGGGUCUUUUUCAAAAGAUACAUGCAGGAUUUCCAGACAACCUAACUUGCAUACGGGCUCUUAUGCAAGUUACUAAGUCACUGGAAUUAGGGGACCUGCAUGAGAGGUAUGCAUCGGAAUAUAUCCGUCUGCAAAGCCAGCAGAAGGAACAUCAGAGCGAGCAUCGAAACCAGCAUCAGCGAUUCCCUUCAGCGGCAAGGUUUAGCAACCGCUUGCCAUCUAUCAGACAGUCAAAUGAAGAACACUUGAAAGGUGGUGAGCAUAUUAAUAGCGUAGCUCCUACCCACAGCCCCUACACGUCCAUUCUGCAGUUUGAUCCUUUGGGACCUCCCGCAGAACGUCCCAAAACUGGACGACCACUACAAAGCACAGACGAUGUUGAUGACGACGCGGAAAUGAAUGCCGAAAUCUUAUUGCCUAUUUGAAGAAAUCCUAUUAUAUUUAUAGACAAGUCUGCAAUUGGUGCACUUUUCCAAUAUGCAUAUACAUAAGUUAAUCGUUUACA